AUGAGCUCAGAAUCUUGGUUGAAUUCAUAUUAUAGGACAAUCAUAUCUUCCUUUAGUAUCAAUAACACACUCGAACAAAAUGUUUUAUUGUUAGAUGAAGUUAACAAUUUUAUUCCUGAGUUGGUAAAAGAGGCUCACGAUUUAAUAUCGAAGGGGAACAUUACUAAAUAUCAAUACUUGUCAGAUGAAAUUCAUCAAUGCUUCUACGUUAGUGAAGCUGAUAAAACACACUUGACCAUUCACGGCUAUUGUACAUGUUUUCGCCAUCGGGACAAUUUAUUAAUUAAGGAAAAGGAGUUUACUUGUGUUCAUGAAAUAGUUUUAAUAAUUUUGGAGUAUAUAUUUCCACAUUUAAACCACGAUUCUCCGACCUUUUUGUGUAAAACAGUUUAUCUGACUGAAUCUGAAUUUCUGGAUACAAUCAAAUCUUUAUCUGCUUUUUAA